GUAAACUUUGACCUGACUGACAAUAAUAAUAACCAUAAACACACUAAAUCAAACGUGAUUUAUCAGCAGCGACACGUCACACGGCUCCUACGUCAGCAGCAGCACGCGGAGGCUGCUGCUCGCUCUGACGGCGCGCGCGGGGCGGUGGUGCAUCCGGUGCUGCUUCGAUCCGUGCCGCUGCUCGGAGAACCGCUGCCGGUACCGGACGGUCCGAGGAGCCCGAAUCGAUCCGAGCCGGGAACCAUGGCAGCGGGUUUGGUGGAGACGGUGACGGAGAGAGAGUGACGCAGCGACGGCGCGGCUCGCAGGACGCCAGCUGAUCGAUAAUCAGAGCUUCCAGGGUUCCUGCUGCUGCUCCUCCUCAGGAGAGUCAUGUCUUCCUCGGAGCUGCCCUACUUUUGUCCCCGCUGUGGCGACCAGCACCGCUUUGCAUCUGUACCUGAGCUCCGCGCACACCUGGUCAGCCGACACACCUACGAGACCCUGCUGCUGCUUUCACAGGCUCGGGUCAGAAGUUCUGGACCUCCUGCUCUCCUCCCACCUCCUGAAGCAGCUGUAUCCCAGAGUAAGACGUCUUCUCUGGGCGUGGACACCCACAGCUUCCCCCUGCCGUUGGCCUGCUUGGACCUUGCCUCGUCAUCUGCCUCCAUCCAGCUGCUCAGGGAAAUGUUCAGCCCACCAGACCGAGCUCUGCCAGCCCCUCCAUGCCGGGGAGAGGGCCCCUCCACUGCUCUGGCCCUACCUGCCCCUCGGGACCUGUUUCCUGGGAAGAGAAUCGGGGACGUGGGGGUCCUGGGGCUGGACUUCCGACUAUCGGUGGAUAUUGGGCUAGAGGAGCGACUGGGACUGGGGCUGGACCAUAAAAUCGCCCGGACCUUUGCAGAAGUGGAGGAGAGGGUGAACCGGCGCGUUGGGCGACUGAAGGCGGAGCUACAGAGGAGGGAAGUGGAGUUGGAGCGAAAGAGGCGAGACAGGGAACGGCUGAAGAGGGAGAAGAAGGAGGUGGAGGAGAGGGCGUCCUACCUGUCCAGAGAGGUGUCAGCUGCCAUGGAGAUGAUGGAGCGGCUCAAGAAAAAUCUGUCAGAGAAAGAGACGGAGCUGAAUGAGCGACAGCAGGAGAUGGCCGACAUCGAGCGUUUUCUGAGGCAGACAGCAGAGAAAGAAGCCGAGGCCAAAUCCAGGCUGCAGGUGUUCAUUGAGACGUUGUUAGAGCGAGCUGACCGAGCAGAGCGGCAGCUACUGCUGCUCAGCCACAACCACUUCACGCACAACGACAGGUUUGAAUACUCAGAGCCGUACACGCCCUCAGAGGUGUACUCACCUGUACCUGGACGGGCUGGACGUAGUCUGGACGGCAGCGCUGAUGACAUCAUCACCAACAAGAUGCAGGAAACUAUGGGCAACAGGAGGAGCUACAGUGUUUCAAGUUCCUACCGGCUGGGAGAGCAGAUGCACAGCCACCAUCAUUACAGCGGUCUAAAUGAACAAAUGCGGACCUUAUCCCUGGGCUCAGGGGGCUGGGAUUGUGAGGGAGGAUUGAUCCACUCCAACCCGUCUUACUACGCUCCACACUGGACUCCACACGAAAGAGAGAGGUUGAGACGGAGGGAGAGAGUCUGGGUCGGGGAGGAAGGAUGGGGAAGAACAUGGAGCAAAAGAAACAUUCGUCACCACAGCACUGAGGAGGAAGAGGAGGAGGAGGAUGACGAAGACCUGUGGAGCAGUGCUGAUAUGAGGCAGCUCAUGUUUGCCAGGAAAUACACACCUGGAACAGACACGCCCUCCUCCGUUUGCUCCACCCCAACCCGCCAUCAUGCCAUCAGGCAGCCCAGAGCAGACACCCUGAAGAUGAGGGCGGGGCUUUUCUGUGUAUUCCCAUAUCUGGACGUGCGCUCAUUGCUGCGUGCAGCCGAAGUGUGCCGUGAUUGGCGGUUUGUUGCCAGGCACCCAGCAGUUUGGACACACCUGCAACUGGAGAACGCUCGAGUGUCAGCUGAGUUCCUGCAGACUUUGUCUCAGUGGUGUACUCAAACACAGUCUAUGAACCUCAACAACCUGAAGCCCCGAAGCCGCAGGGCUCACGAGACGCGAGAGGAUUACCACAGAAACACACGAGGCAGCGUGGAGCCGGGUGUGGAGGCGCUGCUGCGGUCAGCAGGGGGCAGUCUGCUCCACCUCUCCAUCUCCCAGUGUCCCCACAUCCUCACUGACAGGACACUGUGGAUGGCCAGCUGCUACUGCAGGAACUUGCAAACGCUGUCAUACAGGAGUUCCUCUGAUCCGGUUGGUCAGGAGGUCCUCUGGGCCCUGGGUGCUGGCUGCAGGAACAUUAGCAGACUGCAAGUUGCACCAGCACACCCCAGCCAACAGCCGACUCGUUUUGGGAACCGCUGCUUGCAGACGAUUGGCAGAUGUUGGCCACGCCUCUGCUGUCUCAGUGUGGGCGGGGCUGGCUGUAGCACUCAGGGAUUAGUUGCUGUUGUGGGCACCUGCGCUCACCUGCAGGUGCUGGAGUUGGAGCGUAUUACCGACCUCAGCCUGCAGGUGGCAACAGAGCUCUGUAAAGCUGGACUGAAGAGUCUGCAAACGCUGAUCCUGACCCACACACCAGUCAGCGGUCAGGCCAUCCUGCACUUCCACAGCGUGUGCAGUAACAUCAGGUCCAUUGUGGUGGACAUCUCUGUGUCCGAUUACUUUGAAGAGCCGGAUACUCAGGAAGCUAUACACCUGUUUGGAGAAAUUCUCAGUACGCUGAAGGUUCUUCAGACCCGCCCUGGCCUUUGUGACGUCCUUCAAGUUAAAGCCAAAGGAUUCUCCUGACCUCAACAGAAGCACAUUUAUACCUCCAGGAAAACUCGAGGAUCUUAUCCAACUGCCCUUUCCUCCAAGUCUAUGCCUAAAGAUCCAGAAAAGGGCACAUUUAUCUCAUUGUCAAUCAUUUUUCAUCACAAACUUCCUUCUUAUAGUGUUUGAUAAAAGAAUGAAAUUAUAUUUUCUUCCCAUUUUAUGAUUUUUAACCACAAAAAAAAAACAUUUGUUUGCAAAACCUAGUUGCAAGUAAUUGGAUCAGUAAGGCUCAGUAGUGGUUCCGACAUUUAUUGGGAAACUGAAACAUCUGUUUAAGAACAAAUGUUUCCAUUCUUGGGUGAAAACAUCAAACCAACAUCAUUUGUGUUUACUUACAGAAAUGUAUGGAAAACUGCUGGAAGAUUAGGAAAACUUUGUUGAGCUAAGCUUUCCCAAAUACACAAAAUUGUAUUCAAAAUUUAUAUAAAACAAUAAAAUGUAAAAAAAAUAAAUAAUAAUAAUGAAGCCAGUAAUGCGCUGAGAUCAACACCAGUUCAGUAGUGUUGCUAAAACUUUAUAGGUGAUUAAAUUGCAUAAUUUUAAUAAAAUCUACCCAAAUUUGCACAAAUAUACUUUUUACUAAGAGUUGUAAAAACCCUAAAAACAAAGUGUCUCUCUUCUCCCAUUGCUUCCUGAUUUUUUUUUUUUUGUAAAAAGAACAUGAUGUAGAUACAGCCACAACAAAUCCCCAGUAAACCUUAGAAAUUACCAUUUCUGAGAAUGCACCACACUGCCUCUGAGUAUUAGUUCCUGAACACAGGGUUUUAUAAAUGUCCAUGUUUCUGUUUUAAAAAAGAUGAACAAACCAUUUGCAUUUAUGACAAAAAUAAGACUGCAAACUGCUUUCCAGAUGCUUAAAUCCUGCAGCUUUUUGUUCGAAUGAAGAGAUUGCAACCCUGAAGCUUCAACUUUCCACAUUCUUGAGAUGCAUGAUGGGUAAAAACCCACCGAGGAACGUAGUCGUAGUCAUAGUAGUUAUUGGACCAAUCAGUUAAAAUGUCCCCUUUUCUUCCACACUGAAGUCCUUGUAGCACAUCCAAACUUAAAUACCUUCCAACUAAACGGUACCUAAUAUUUAUGCACAUGUAAAUGUUUUGUUUUUACUCUAUUUUUAUAUAAUUAAUCUGAAAGCACAACUUCUCCUUUAACAAUCCUUAUAUUUAUACUUUUACCUUAAAGUCGCUAAAAUCUGUGGUAUACCUAAAAGCCAUAAUCCCAGUUAGAGCAAAAGAAAAACGUUUUGUUUUUUUUACCCUAAAAUUUAAAUGAAACCUUUAAAGUUACCGGAUUAGAUAAGCACAUAAAACAUGCAAGCACAAAGACCUUUUGCACAAGAAAGUGAGGUUUGAUGAAUUAUGCACUAAGGUGAAUGACGCAUGAAUCAGUCAGAGCUACGGGUGAGUUGAUGGAAAAUACGUCUUUAAACGUCUUUAAAAUGACUUUAUGUGAAACUUUACCAUCAAUAAAUUUCUUUCUCAUCAC